GAGGAAAAACCCCUAGAGGUGAAGGAAGAAGAUAAGAAGAAAGACAAAGAAAUUACAGAAAAGACUGAAGAAAAGCAGCAGAAAGAAGAGGAAAAGGGGCAGAAAAAGGAGAAGGGAAAGAGCAAAGGAAAAAAGGAGGAGAAGGAGGUGAAAAGCACGGUGGAGGAGCAAGUAAAAGCGCCAAUUGCUGCACCGGAGCCUGAACUUAAAACUGAGCCGGAACAGGAUGCAGAACCGACGCUGGAUCAGCAGUCAGUGAGCAGCACUGAGACCCAGCCUGCUCCAGAAGAACAGAAGGAGGAACCAGAGGUAAAGAAAGAACCUGAAGUGGUGGAAGAAGUGAAAAGUGAAGACACAGUGCAGAAGGAGGAAGAACCAGCAGAACAGGGACAAGCAAUCAAAGGAGGGGAAAAAGCAUCAGAGGUGCUGAAAAAGGAGAAGCCCGUGAAGGAAAAGAAGACGGAAAAGAAGGCAGAGGAGCCUAAAGGCGCCAAACGUCUGAAAACCAUGCAGUGCAAAGUCACCUUAUUGGAUGACGCUCAGUUUGAGUGUGAACUUGAUAAACACGCUAAAGCCCAAGAGCUUUUCGCAAAGGUGUGUGACCAUGUCAACCUGCUGGAGAAGGAUUACUUUGGCCUUGUUCAUUGGGAAACUCCAACCAGCAAGACAUGGUUGGAACCCACCAAAGAAAUCAGGAAACAAGUGCCAGGAGCCAUUUAUGAGUUCACAUUCAGCGUGAAGUUCUAUCCUCCUGAUCCUGCACAGCUCACUGAAGACCUUACUCGGUACUUUUUGUGUCUCCAGCUGAGAAAAGACAUUUUGCAAGGUGUCCUUCCCUGUUCCUUUGUCACACUGUCCCUGCUGGGCUCCUACACAGCCCAGUCAGAGCUGGGAGAAUAUGAUCCAGAGCUUCACGGCCCCGACUACCUGAAAGAGCUCAGCCUGGCCCCUGGACAGAGCAAAGAGCUGGAGGAAAAAGUGAUGGAGCUGCACCGAACUUACAGGUCUAUGAGUCCAGCCCAGGCAGAUAUGCUGUUCCUGGAAAACGCCAAGAAACUUGCUAUGUAUGGGGUUGACCUGCACCAAGCUAAGGAUCUUGAUGGUGUUGACAUCACGCUGGGGGUGUGCUCCAGCGGUCUGAUGGUUUAUAAGGACAAGCUGCGGAUCAACCGCUUCCCUUGGCCAAAAGUCCUCAAGAUAUCCUACAAACGAAGCAGCUUCUUUAUCAAAAUUAGGCCGUCAGAGCAAGAGCAGUAUGAGAGCACUAUCGGCUUCAAACUGCCAAACUACAAAGCCUCAAAGAAGCUGUGGAAAGUCUGUGUUGAACACCACACCUUCUUCAGGGUUUCAACAGUAGAACCUCCGUCAUCCCGUCGCUUCCUUGUCCUGGGCUCCAAGUUCCGAUACAGCGGCCGAACUCAAGCCCAGACCCGCCAGGCGAGCUCCAUGAUUGACCGCCCUGCCCCUCGCUUCACGCGCUCUGCCAGCAAGAGGCUCUCCCGUAAUCUGGAUGGAGCUGGAGAGGAGACUCUCCAGUUUCUGCUAAAACUCUCAGCUUCGUCCAGGUGUGAGAUUGAUGAUUGGUCAUCGGUGAUUUCUUCUGACAAACCGCAGUCCUCUCAGACUUUUCCAGCCGAGUGGCAGGAGGGGCAGUCUGGCCCAGCAGAAAAAGGCCCUCAAAUCAUGACCCAGGAGAUCAGUCAUCAGAGGCCUGACCUGAAAAAACACGAUGACUGGUCAACCCUUCUUUAUCGUCCUUCAACUUUUUUCCCAGUUGCACCUUCUUUUUUUAGGGAAGAGCCAGCAGCUAAGGUCAGCCUGGCUAUGAGCUCCUCUCAACUGUUGCAACCAGCACAGAAACAACAGGAUGACUGGUUCCUGUACUUUGACCGAUCUUCUCCCAGGGGGGUCGGAAUUUCUCCAUUCUCUUCUGUAGUCAUUUUCAAGCUCCAAGAAGAAAAGCAGGAUGUGGCUGUGGAGGAACAGGAAGUGACCACUAAGAAAGUCAUCAAAAGGCUGCAAGAAACUGUUACCUUAGUAGACAAUUUGCAAGAGGUAGAAGUGUUGGAAGACAGACUCAGGAAAGUGAGGGACUUGGAGGAAAGGUUGCAAGAAGUGGAUGAGAUGGCAGAGAGACUUCAGACAGUGAUAGAGGAAGAGCUGGGGAAGGAGGAGGUCAAAAGGUUGAUGGAAGAAGAGGGGAAUUGGGAGGGGGAACAGCAGUUUAGAAGGGAAUCAAAGGUGGUGGUGACAAAAUAUGUUGGGACAGUGGAGACAGAUGGGGAGGGUGUGGAUGAACUAGAAGAACAAAUCAAAGAGGUGUUUUUGAAAGAUCUGCUGUCUGAGGAGCAGGAGAGUGACCAGGAGGAGCCACAGGAGGGCCUGUUAGAUGACAGUUUGAGGGAGAAACUACAAAAGAUGGAACAGGAAUGGCAAGAAGAAGUGAGGGAAGCGGGUGGAACCGCUUCUGUAGAAGGGUAUCAGGUGUUGGAACGUAAGACCAAGAAGGUGGCUCUUAUCACGGGGAGAGGUCAGUCUGGACUAAGAUUGGAAAAGCAGGAGUUGGAUGAGGAGGGGAUGCAGGGGGGAGACCCACAGAGGACUCUGGCUCAGAUGGGGGAUGAGGACGACUGGUUUAUACUGUUCUACCGGCCAGUUUUCAAACCGCCAGCUGAUGGAGCUAUCUUGGAUGGAAGCGACUACAUCAGCUCAAAGACUGAGGUCAGAGUGACAGAGAGGCAAAUGCAUGAACAUAUCCUUCACGGGCCGACUGUCUUAGGUGGGGUGGAUGACUGGUUCAUGCUGCUGGAUGUUACAUCUCGUGCUCCACUAGUUACAUUGAAGGAAAGAGCACAGAGUGGUGAGAAAGUCUUUGUCUCUGCGGUUGGAGCUGCAGAAGAGGUAAGAGCUGCUGUUGAAGAAAGCCAGUUGAUACAAGUGGAGCCAACAACAGAUUUCAGAGGAAUCUCACAACCAUCCGUGCGAGGAAGAGAGGACGACUGGUUUGUUUUGCUGGAUUUUAUUCCCAAACAAACACCUUAUGAGCCUCCAGUUACUAAAGUAACUCCAGUUAAAGGAUUCCUUGUAAUCGAAGAAGCAGCUCUAAAGCAGAGGGAAGAGAUCGUGGAGUUUGUUGGAAAGGUUACAGAAAUACAACAAAUGCCAAGCGACAGAGAUGAUUGGUUUGUGUUGCUGGCUCGUCCUCUGAGAGAACCACUAUUUGUACCUUCAGUUCCUCCUGAAGAGCGCACUCAGGUUUAUAAAAAAGAACAAAUAUCUUGUUCUGCUGUCACUGAAGCUGUGAGAGUGGAAUCUAGGAGGGAGAUGGUAACUGAAGAGAAUUUGAAGCAGAGAGAUGUAAAGCCUCCAAAGCCAUUGAGGGAGAGAGAUGAUGACUGGUUUCUGCUGCUGGACGUUGUUCCCAAAGAUGUGUCUUUUGUGGCACCAGUGUCUUUACCGUUGGCACCUAAAAUCUAUGCAGCCGUUUCGACUAAAGCAGAAAGUGCAGAGUCGAAGUAUUCGAUUGACCUUGGUCUGCUCAAAGCACAGCCUGUAGCGGACAGAGAUGAUGACUGGUAUUCUCUGUUCCAAGUUGAUCCUAAAAAGGCACUUACAACCCCAACAGAAACUCCCAGAAAGAUUAUUUCGCCAAUCGAGGAGACAGUUGAGCCCGAGGUGACCCGUGAGACUAGAGCGUACAAGAAAACAGUAAUUGGUGUGGAGAGCAGGCAAGACAGGACAAGUGUUGCUGAAAUUAGAUGGAGCCAGAUGCCACAGCUGCCGGCGACCAAAGCGGAAGACGAUUGGUUUGUUCUGUUCGGCGCUGUCCGAGAAACGCCUGCAGUCAGAACACGAGACGCCAUGAUCCAACCUGUUCUCACAGUAGCCCCGCCCACUAAACCAAAACCGACAGUUGUCAUGGAAGAUGUGAGAGCACCUGCAGCUCUGGUUAACCCGCCACAGUUAAGAAAAGUGGAUGAUGACUGGUUUGUGCUGCUGGAAAUUACAGCUAAAGUAUCAGCUGCUUUGCAUGAGCGCUUUUAUUUGGGUGCUAAAGUGGAACCAGGGAAAGAGCUUAGGGCCACAGAGCAGAAAGCACAGCAGAGAAUAACCAACAUAGAGAGAACGUGGCAGCAGAAGGAGCCCACGCUGCUGCGUCCAGCAGUUAAACAGGACGAGCUGGAGGACGACUGGUUUGCUCUUCUGGAUGUGGCGCCUAAAAAAUCAGUCGCUGCCCCCGAGCGUAUACAGAUCCCCGCAAAGAUCAAAGGUCCAGCAGCCCCUGCCCCAACCAGAAUCAGUGUUUCUGAGUUGAAACCAGAGUUUGAGAGGCGGAUCCUGGAGGAAAGGCGUCCUCCUGCACGCACACAUGUCAGUGAUGAUUGGUUCUCUCUACUAGAUGUUGAUCUCAAAGCUGUGAGCACACAGAGAGGGGCCCGUCCCGUCAGCGCCCCUGUCUUCUCCCAGGCUGCUUUGGCCGAAGCUGGGAUCCCCAUGGCGCCCUUCGACCAGCCGCAGACGUCCACGCCCAUCAAGACCGGCCGUCUGGAGGAAAGGAAGCUGGAGGUCACAGUCGAAGCUGCCGAGCCCUCAAAAAUCGAAGUUGAAGCAGAGGUUAAGCAGAGGGAAGUAGACUCUUCACUGAUGUCAUCCAUCAAUGGGGACGUUCAGCACCAAUCUGGGAAGACGCUCGCCGAGGGCGUGCAAAUGCGAAAGAAAAGAGCUAAGAAAAUUGAGGGUGACUCAAUUUAUAUCAGACAUAGCCUUUUAAUGCUGGAGGAGUUUGACAAGCCUCAGGAGGACCUGCUCAAGCAUCACGCCAGCAUCAGCGAACUGAAGAGGAACUUCAUGGAGGCCGUUCCGGAGUCGAGGCCGAGCGAAUGGGACAAGCGUCUGUCCACGCAUUCUCCCUUCCGCACCGUGGGCAUCAACGGCCAGCCUCUGCCCGGCGCAGACGGGAGUGAGUACAUUAGUCCACUGUGCGCUGGUUCAGAUUCUACUCUCGAGGAAGCUGCUGGUAAUUUGGACGUUUCAGAGCCGCCCAGUCCCACUGUGAGCCACCACAGCCAGCCUGAUAGGGCUGACGCCUUCGACUGUCCUCUCGAGGAAGAGUCCUUGAAUCAGGAGGAGGUGGUAGUCUAUGAGACGCUCUUGGUGCCGCUGGUAGAAGUGGAAGCGGCGCAGCUGGGUCCAUCCUUUGACUCCUCCUGUAAAGCUUUAGAGUUGAUCCAGGAGGAGGACGAGUCAGAGUGCUCUGUGGGGGUAGUGGGAUCUGCCUCUGCCUCCUAUUUCUGGAGCGAUGGUCCGCAGGUCGUGCGCUGCUUUCAGCCCCCUCUGGUGCAGACCCAGACUGUCACCAUCACAGCUGCCUCCACCUUCUUACCCAGUGACAUCUCCACCAAAGAGGUCCCUAUUGUGCCCACCAAAACCUUCACCUAUGAGUCUUCAAAGGUGACAGCCGAGGAGGAGGACAAGGAUGACUCGACAGUUUCCACCACGAAGACCAUCUCUUCAGAGUCGACCUGUGGAAGCUCAGUCACCACCACUAAAAUGUCAAAGGUUGUAAAAAGCAGCUCCACAGAAACUCGCGUAGAGAAGAGAAUUGUCUUAAAUGCUGAUUCUGAAACGGACCAAGAUCAGGAGAAGCGUGGCGGCGCCUCUGCAUUGUAACCACACCGCUUGAUGACCACCGCCACCAUCAACCCCCCCCCGUUUGACUGCAUAGCUCCACACAGAACACUUUUGUUUAUGCACAAAAGAAAGAUCUUCGACAUCUGCACCUGGAAUGAGUUUUUAUGGAAGUUUUAUUAAGUCAUAUUUCAAAGUAAUUUACAAUUCAAUAUGAAAUUCAGGCUUGGAAUGUGAAAAUACAUUUUGCAAUUUAGAAAUUAACAUUUAUAUUUACAAUUCAAUGUGACCAUUUUUCAAAAUAAAAUAUUAUGACUCAAAAAAACUUCCAAAGAUUUUUGGUUGUUUUCCCCCCCCAACGAGCCAACAUAGGCAUGUAGGGCGGCUCUUUGCUGAUCUGGAUUUCUGCAACUGGUUUAAAAAAACACACAGCGUUUUGAAAUGAGUGAUCUUAAAUGUGUUUGCUUGAAAAGCUUUUAUUUUGCUAGUCCUUCUGACAUGCUUUGGUUUUAUACAAAUACAGCUUUUUUUUGAUGAGUCAUUCUUAACAGCAUUUCAGUACGUGGUGCUGCUAAGAGCAGCUUAAAGUAAUAUCUAGAAGUAAACUCUAUUUUUGUUUGCUUGCUCGUUUAUUUAAUUCAUUUUUAAUGAAGUGACACACCUUUUCUGGAUAUGUGAACGUGAAUAUUCUGUGCUGAAAUUUGGCCAGUUUUCUUUUCUUUAGAAGGCUCGGUUCACCUCUCAGGUAAAAAACUUGAAACUUCUCUCAUCUCCAACCAGCCAUGAACCAGAAGCCUACGCAUUCUUGUCAAAUCUCAACUCAAAUGGAUCUAUUUUGAGACAUUUCUCUAUUUUAUAGAAGAGUGCUUUUUUUUUACAGUAUUUGUACAAAUUUGAGGUUUUUCAGUUACUCAUAUCCAUCUACUACCAAAACCGCCGAGCUCAUCUGGCGGUCUUGUUUCCCGUCAAUCAUGGAUUUCCUCCUUGUUGUCAAAGUGGGUCAAACGUUCCCGCUCCAUGGAGGUUCUGCUGGCUCUGGUCUGUUUAUUCUCAGGUUUUGAUAUUUGUAAAACCACAGACCUGCACACCGAUUGUAUGAGGAAUGUCUCCGUUUUGUACAUCCAUCUGUGCUUUUAUGUCCGGUCAAGUGAGGUCAAUAAAGUUUGUCACAAAAGUCCAACACCUGUAUGGGAUGAAGGCAGCUGCCCGAGUGCUCGUGGCUCCUCCCCCUCCUCGUCACUAGCGCUCGUUUUGUCCUGCUUCUACAUUAAUUUAUUUGUAAAGUAGUAAUUGUUUCACGUAACUGUGAUGUACUGUGACGUGGGGCUUCAGCUAAAUGGAAAUGUCGCAUCACCUGAGCUUGUAAACUCUUCGGUAGUUUGAAGUAGACGCCCCCCCUCACUUGUGGUUUUUUGACCCUUUAUUUUUAGAAACCCAAUCUGAAGCCAUUGGUAUUGUAGCAACAGGAAUAACAAAAAGACACAAACUUCUCCUGGAGGAAAAUGUAGAAUUUCACAUAAAAGGGAAAAUAGUUUUUAGUGAAAGAAAAUAUUCUUGCUUUGUGACUAACUCCUGUCUUUUUAUGAAAAAAUAAAAACCUGAAUGAUA